CGCGCCGUGUAAAUCGAAUCGAAACGGAAACAAAGCCCCGAAAACAGUGGAAAAAGGAAAAAGGAAACGCGGAAAGCGUCGGAAAAGCGAAUGCCAAGUGAAUACAUUUAAUCCAUGAAUCACGACUGGGGCGAUGUGCAGAGUCGCGGACUCUAGUGGUUUCCCAGCCUAAAUUAUAAUAAUAAAUUCCCAAGGAGGAUUGCAAAAACCCACAAACAUGCCUCCCAAGAGACGAAGGAGAUUCCAGGGACUCUAUUACCAUUCAUCGCCGCCCAAAGUGAUGCCCAUGAAUGGACAGGCGGGUGGACAAAAUGGACGCAAGCGUCGGGACAACGAAGAUUUCUCGGUGAAGUUAUCCACCAUCAGGAUCUGGAUUCACGAGAAGGACAUUGGCAAGUUGACGCGUAUUUUAUGGGGUGGCCAGGGCAACAGACUAUGCCAACAGGCCAGCAACAAUGGUCGAGUGAAGCGCUUCCUCGCAGCCGUUCCCCAUGUCAUGAAUGCCAUCAAAGAUCUGCACCAGGCGGUCAUCGACAACAAUCUGGAGACCGUGCAGGCGCAGCUGGAGCCACCGGUGCCCAGUGCACUGGUCACCUGCAAGGACGGCAAUGGCUUGAACAUCAUACACAAGGCCGCCGGACUGGGCCACACCAAGCUGCUGGAAUACCUGGUGGGCAUUUGGCCCGAGGGCGCCCAUGAGACGGACAUUACCGGAAAGACGCCGCUCCACUGGGCCGCCAGUGCCAAGAACAACAUGCGAUGCUACACACUGCUCACCCAAGCGGGUUGCGACGAGGAGGCCGUCGAUUAUAAAAUGAAGACCCCCUCAUACUAUCGCCACAAGCCGCACGAAAUCGAGCGCGCCUUCCUGGUUUAUGUGCCGGAUGCACCUCGCGUCUCCCCCGACAGCGCCACCGAUUGGGACGCCUUGUGCGAUGAGAGUGGAGUGGACAACGGAGCGGGGGGCGAUGCCAGCUCCAAGAAACUGGACAUCAAGGUGCCGCCUUCUGUGAAUGGCCGAAAAUCGCUGGACGACAGCCUUGAGAACACCUCGGAGCUAGACACCAACGACGGUACGAGUGCCAAUGAGGAUGACGAUCUGUCCAAGGUGGAUGCGGAGCCGGAAGCGGAAGUCGCCUCGCCAUUGCAGCGCCGACCGGAAACGCCGGCCACCUUCAACACGAUCAAUGGCGAUGGCGAUGGCGAAGACAGCGAGCCAGAGAAUAUUGGAAGAGCUGUAAGCGCGAAUGGAGGCGGAGAGGCAGAGGAAAACGGAGUUGGGCAGGACGAAGGAGGCGGAGGAGAUGCGGUAAUCGUGGAGAAUGGCGAAGUUCGCGAGGAGGCUCCGGAGGAGGAUCAGCCAACAGAGCCCGAGGACGUGGGAAAACCCGAGGAGUCUGCUACUGAGAGUGAGCUUGAAGGAAACAAAAAGACUGAAGUGGAGCCAGAGGAGCCAGAGGAGCCAGUGGAGCAUGUGGAGCAUGUGGAGCAGGCGGUGGAACAGGCGGAGCAGGUGGAACAGGCGGAGCAGGUGGAACAGGCGGAGCAGGUGGAACAGGCGGAGCAGGUGGAGCAUGAGAAGCAGGAGACAGUGGAUGAGCCGGAGAGCAACGCUAAGGAUGAAGCGGAUCCGGAAGUUGCCGCCAUGUCCGUCGAAGAAAGGGAACCAGAGUCAGAGAACGAUAACGAUGACGAUGAUGAGGUACAGAUGGGCGUGCUCUAAGUGUCCGCAAACGUUUUGUAGUUUAUUCACGUUUGUUGUGUGUGCCGUUUGCUCAACCCAUUUACCCCUCUUCAAUGUGAACCUCUAAAAUGAAACGCAAAAAACUCAAAAAAAAAAAAACUGAAUUUGAAAAGUAAUAUACCAAUCUGCUGCAGCCAGGCACUCAAAUUCCAUUCAUUCCAAUUUGUUUUACCACUGCAAGAGCCACAGCAACAGCAACAACUUCAGCCGCAACCCAAUCAGCAGCAAAAUGCGAAACUUUAGCAAUCAACUUCAACAUAAGCCCGCUUAGAUAAUGAAAUAACCGUAACCGAAGCAAAAUUUCUUGAUAUAUCUCUAUACAUAUACAUAUAUAUAUAUUUUGUAAAGCAAGUGUUAUGUUCUCUUCUUUCCAAUAACAAUAUAUUUAGCCGUAGGCAUUGUAGUAACAGUAACCAAUUAAAAAUGGAAAGCAAAACCUGC